AUGAGGAAGAUAGCAAUGCUAUUGCAAGUGUGCAGAGUUCCAGCUGCUGCAGAUCGAGGGGACAACUCUAGUGCUUCUAAAGAACCUAAUGGAGGAGGUAGCAGGAGUCCCAGCUCAAAAGCAUCUCCUGUUCUGAAAAGGAGGGAGAGAAUCAAUGAGAGACUGAGGAUAUUACAGAACCUUGUAUCUAAUGGAACAAAACUGAGUGUAGACAUAGGCACAAUGCUUGAAGUAGCUGUUCAGUAUGUAAAGUUCUUGCAGCUCCAGAUUAAGCUUUUGAGCUCGGAUGAACUGUGGAUGUAUGCUCCUAUUGCUCACAAUGAGAUGAAUAUUGGUCUCGAAUUAAAGCUCUCUUUUCAGCAGCAAUGA